AUGAAUGGCAGUGCAGCUGUAGUUCGGCAAACUCCAGAUGCCGCUUCUGCAAAGCAACCCGUCAAACUUGCCCGCGUCAUUAAAGUUUUGGGCCGAACUGGCUCUCGCGGAGGUGUGACCCAGGUCCGUGUUGAGUUUAUGGACGAAACGCAACGCUCUAUCAUUCGAAACGUCAAGGGUCCAGUUCGUGAGUCGGAUGUCCUUGCCCUCUUGGAGUCUGAGCGUGAAGCUCGCCGACUGCGUUGAUUUUCUUUUUCAACCCUGUGCUUCUAUUGAGAUUUGCAUAUUGAAGAGUUUGACCUAUGUUCCGCUAUCAAUCUCACAUGUGAAUGAAGCGCCUUCACGUUGACUCCACGUCGAACAAGCCUUGGUAUGAAAGCUCAGACCGUGACCACGUACAAAUCAGAGUGAAAACACGACAUAGGACAAACAUCUAUGAUCAUUGUAUCUGCGAGGGGAUAUCAUCUUCUAUGGACAAGCACAUCGGUGGUAGGAGGACAGACAGCUAAAGAUACAGUCGUUGUGGCUGCAGGGAUGCAAAACGCAGCUUAGGGAUGCAAACUGGGAGGCGAGGAGAAACGCAUCUGCGGAGCAACAUG